UACUGUCUCGAAGGCCCAGCUAAUCACUGAUUCAAUGACAGCACUAGGCUCUUCUACCCAGACUAGCCUUGCAAUAGCCAAUAAGGCAAUUGUGCCACCCGAUUACCCUAAAAGCACACAGAGCCACCUCCCAGAAGGCUGCGGCUCACAGACAACACCUCCAAAGGAUAUAAUUGAACCAACUGAUGCUGACGAGGAAGAGGACAUGGGAAAGGCAACCAAAGACAAGAAAAGGAAGAACACCAACGAAAAAGGACCUACAAGGCAUUAUUCAAAUGGAAGCAGUAACAUUAGCCUUCUCAGAAUGCCAUCAAAGGACGAGGCUAGGAAAAGUGCAUUGUCAAGGAAAUCAAGCAAGUAAAUCAACCACCUUGCUGCAUAUGAAACUUCUCAUCAAUCUACGAGCUUACGCUAUUAGUUAUACUAAUCUUAUCUAAUACCAUCCUAGGUGAAUAUCUCCACAGUCUCCUCAGAUUACAUAUGUAAACCUCAA